AUGUAUAGGCCUGGAGAUAUUGUGCUGAUGUUACAGACGUGUGCCCUGGUCUACCAAAAGUAUCAAAUUCAGGGUGCAAGUAGCGGUGGACCCUUCACUUUAGCCGUAGCCGCGAUUGCGCCAAAAAGGGAAGUCCUCGCAACUAGGAUCAUCGCCGGUGCAGUGCCAAUAGAGGCGGGACGUCGCUGUAGGAACUUCAGGCGUCUCCUCGGCAAAUAUUUGCUUCUAGCAUUCCCGUGGUGUUCCAAACUGCAAGCACGAUCCCAACUUCAACCAGAGGUCAGGAACAUUCGAAGCGGUCAGAUUGCUAUUUUCGAUGAAGAAAACGAGACUACGGGCAGUGUGGAAUGCUACCGCGCCCUGAAUAGUUAUUGAGGAUUCGAACUGGAAGCUCUUCGGGACAAGAGCCCGGUUCUCUUGGCAUAUGGGACCGAAGAUUAAGCUGCACCUCUUGGUGGGGGUCGCUACAUCGCAGAGCGCAUAGGUCCAA